CCAGAUCUUAACCUAAGACCUUCCAACAAGUCCUUCAUAAGACCAACAUCCCUGGUCCUCAACAAUAUCAAGUUUUUGCUAGGAACAGGAUAGUCAUGGACUCUGCAAUCCUAAAACAUACUCAAAGUCUUACUACUGCUGAGAACAUGAGGAACCAAACCAAACUUAUGAUGCAGCCCUAUGCCAACUGGGAAGAGUAUCUGACUCCAGCACCUCUAUCUAUAGCCAUCCUGGGAGAGCUGGUUUUCAUCUCAUCCUCAACAGAUUUCUCUAUCAAUAAAAAUCCCCCUAAAGAUGGCUAUCAAUUCAUCAAAUACCCUGAUUCCUUUCGCGCUUGCCUCAUGCAAGUGUGUAACUCUGGUUGGUGGGCAUUUAAUGAAGCCCACAAGAGCAUGGAUCAGAUUCGCCUCCAUACUCUCCAAGUUCCAGAUUACAUGAAGACAGCUGUGAAGAUUCUGUUCCAAGACAAUGAUGAAGUUGUCAAAGCUCUUCUUCCUGAUCAACUGAAAAAUAUCCAAGACACUGCAGAUGAAUGUCUUGAGUUGUCUAAUGUAGCUGAAAAGCGCUUCACUGAUGUCAUCAAUAUCAUCCAAGAACUGCUGGAAGCAUGUGUGAAUGCAGAGCACUUCUAUGGGGAAGAGCUAGAAGCAAUCAAGAAGAAACUACAAGAGAGCAAACUGAGGAAGCAGUCAGCUGAGGAGAUCAAGAAAAGGACUAAGAAGGCAGUGAGUGCCAUAGAGAAGGAACUGGAUCAGGCCCAUGAGAGCUACAAGACAGCUCUCGAAUCUCUCCCUAAAGGAUGGGAAAUGAUUGGCAUGGAUGUUGUGGAUGGGAUAUCACAGAGUGUUAUGGUCCUGGUUAAUGGAAUGAUAAGCUCUGCAACUCGGCAAUUGCAAAUAAUGCCUUUAGCAGCAGCAAUUGCAGACACUGCAAGCCUCAAUCAAGUUAAAAGUGCAAGUGCACCAUUAAAGGAAAGUGCAAGAGAUGUGGUAGCUGAAAUAAACGUAUAUAGCAAGUCAACUGAAAUUUUAAACUGUGCACAGACUAUCCAGCAAUUGAUGAAUGUGUAUAAAUUGGUUGAUGACAUUGACUGGACAAGUCUGUAUGACCAGAAGGAAAAAAUGACAAAGACUGAUUUCACAGCAAAACAGUUUGAAAGAAUCAAUGAAACUUUAAAGAAAAUCUCUGACUGCCCAGCGAAGACACAAGCUCAGACGUUAUGCAAAGAUGGCAUAGAAAUAUGCAACCAGCUUGCAAAAUAUGCACCACAUGGUCAAUGUGACAAAGAAAAAAGCACUGAACUAAUAAACAAGGUCUUGGGUCUGAUCACGUCAGCUUAUAGUUUUGACAGCAAAAGCAAAGCCAUCACAAAUUCUCCAGGCAUUUUUCCAAAACCACCAAUGAUGUUUAAAGAAGAAAACAAAGCAGAAAAAAGAAAUAUCUUGCAGAAGGCCACAGAGAAUGCAAGAUUUGCCGUGGAGCAGACCCGAGCUCAGCUGAACAAGACAAGAGAAACUUAUGAAAAGUGUGUGGAGAACCUAGAGAAGAACCAGAAGGAACUAACGGAAAUUCUGAUCACUAUGAGAAAUUGUAAAGUGAAAGAGAUCGACUUCAAAACUACCAUAGAGAUGCUGGUCAAAGGAAUGGAUGCCAUGGGAAGAGUGAAAGAGCAGUGGGAGAAGAUGGUUCACUUCUUUCAGAUGGUUUCCAACAUUGUGAAAACCAGCCUGAGCAAAACUCUCACAAACUUUGUCUCCACAUCAGAGAAAACACAAGCCCUCUCCUACAAUGAAAAGCUCUUCUCAAAAGAUCUUCUCUACAACCAAGCCUUCCAAGCCAGUAACAUUGCCAGCCUGGUUCAUAUGAUCUCUGCAACAUACACAGAAGUUUCCACCAAGUACCUGAUGGACCGUGUCAGUUCACUGGGCAAACUGAUGGCCAUGGAUAAAAGUAAGCCAGAAUUUGAGCAUGAGCGACAGAAGCUUCGAAACGGCUGUGAUGAAGCACAAAAAGGCAUCUUAAGGCUUGUCCUGAAGAAUAAAGAUGAGUAUGACCAGAAGAGCACUGCAAGACUAGAUAAGAUUGAUCGAGAAUUGCUUGCCAUUCUACCUUCUGCUCCUCCAGAACAAAUCAAGAGUAUUCAAGAGGUUGUUCAAGCUGGAUUUAAUGAGGAAGAAAAAGAAGCAGAAGCAUACUACUGAGUAAAUGUACUGAAGAAAUGUGUAUUUUCUAGUUUUACAUUGAAAAUAUGGGACAAGAAAAAAUCCUCUUCUUUCAGAGCAACAACCAUUCCUGUCAUCAGUCAGCAUCUGCAUCUUUUCUCCCAGAUUAAGUGUGCACAUUUGGAGAACAUCUUUUUGAGUAUAUGGAAUUUAGUGGGAUUUUACUUAUGGUGUUUGCUUUUGGAGUUCUCUUUGAGUUUAGAUAUACUUCUGUUUAGAUAUACUACUGUCUCCAUUAAGAUGGCAAAGUAAUUAUUUAGGCAUAUACUCUAGGGAAAUAUUACUGGAGAGCACAAUUAACACUUUAGUCCUGCUUUAAGUUUAAUUGUUCUUAUAUUGUCUUGCACUUCUUGAUAUAAUGAACACUUCUGCUUCCUAUUUUUUGCUUCUUCCUAAUAAUUUGCAAUGAUUUAAUCUUAAAUAAAUUGGUAACACUUUACAAUAUGAUUCCAUUUAUGAAUGUUAGUGAAUUUUUAUUAGUUAACAUGGAAUAACAAUGAAAACUACUUCUAAAGCAUUUAUUAGUUAAUGUUAAUGUUAAUUUACCUGAGAAAUAAGAAUGUACAGAGAUGUUGUGAACUAUCGUUAACAAAGAUGAAUAAAUACUUUAACAAAUGUAUUGCUUAUAGUUAGUUAUGGCAUUAACUAAAAUUAACUAAUGGAACCUUAUUGUAAUAUUUAUAUAUAUCACAUAUCAUAGGACAUCACAGCAAGAGCAAUAUGAAAUGAGUGCUGUUUUUGUCCCAAUCUAUCACAAACUUAAAAGUGAUUUUAUACAACAGUUCAGUAAAUAAGAACUUGAUAUUGAGCUAUAUUUUCAACACAAUAUUGAAAUCUAAUGUUAAAGAUGUUAAAAAGUUGGGAUACUUUAGAUAAAAUUUAACACUUAUCUAAAGUAUCCCUAUUCUGAUAACCUGUUUGUCAGAUUUUACAUUUAAGGCUUUUAGCAGUG